CCGGUGUAGAGCAGGGAAAGUAACACAUCAUCGGGAGUGGAGGCGUUCAUUUGAAGAUGGAUUUAAGUUUGCUUGAAGAUCUGGAGAGGGCGAGCAUCUUGCAAGUACUUCGGAGAGAUAAACUGUUGCGUACAAUGGAAGACGACAGGAUCAAGAGGAUGAAAUUGCAGCUGCAGGAACUUCGAAGAAGAGGCGCAAAGAGCGACUCCAGGGAGUACGGCGAGCGGACGUGCGCCCGCUGCCAGACGCCACUGGGAAAGUUCUGCAACAGGGGCGCCGUCUGCCGCGGGUGCAGCCAUCGAAUCUGCAGCCGCUGUCGUGUGAGCGUGAGGGAAGUGGGGUGGAAGUGUACAGUCUGCUACGCUUACAGAGAAGUCAAGAUCCGGUCCGGAGACUGGUUUUUAGAGGAAAAAUCAAAAAAAAUUCCGGCUACAACAGGCAAAUAUGAGACAGUUGGGGAGAAAUUGUUAAACUCCUUCAAUGUGCUAAGUCACAUAGCAAUCGUGCCGCCGACUCCGCCAGCCUCCUCGGGAUUUGACUUUGUGGGCAGAUCAGAGAAUUCCAACAAAGUCAGCGUUUUCCCCAAAUCAAUGGAAGAUCUGUUUUCAUUCACCGAUAAUUUUAGAAAGAUGUCUUCAUCUCAAAACAACGUGACAACCGACCUGCUAAACGUCAACCAACAUUUGUACUACAGCACUCAUAAGAGCCUCUCUGAUACUGACAUCAGCAAUUCUGUCAAACUCUACCAUGGCCCGAGUCUUCCAAACCUGUUCAAGAGAAGCAAAGAUAGCGAGCAGGAGGGCUGCUCCACCGGAGCCGAAGAAGAAACCUCCAAUAGUUCGGAAAACUCGGAAGGAAAGCAAGGCAGUUACAGCAGCAUCAGCACAGAGUUCAGCCUCCUUGAGGGCAUCAGUGCCGGUGGGGACGUGGAACUGGCGUUGGCCUACAAGGCCCACACCUCCUGUCUGGAGAUCACAGUGGGAGCAUGCCGCAACUUACCCCACGGAGACACCGGGAAGAAGAGGUGUCACCCGUACGUCAAACUCUACAUGAUGCCACCCAAGAGUGACAAACGCAAGACGACGGUCAAGAGAAACACUGUCCACCCGGUCUAUAAUGAGCUUUUUCAAUUUCACAUAGAGCGUCACCUACUGACUUUAAAGAGAUUGCAGGCCUCUGUGUGGCAUUCGGGGUCCCUGCACAGAAAAGUUUUUCUGGGUGAGGUCCUCAUCCCGCUGGAUGGUUUUCAGUUUGAAGACCAAGACUUCCAGCACUUCAACUGGUACCCGCUUUGUCCACAGCUGAGUGUAAAUGUCCAGAGAGGGGCGCUGUACAGCUGAAUUGAAGCGACCCACUGUCCAGAGUUCAGCAGUCUGCAACCCCCAUAAUUUUAGCAGAUAAUUCAACAACUGCACUUGUAUUGGAAUCCAAAAUGCAUGCAUGAGCAUUUACAUAUUUAAUGAUUUCAUUGAUUAUAUUUAUUCAUAUUUAUGCAAAAUAA